UAUAGUAGUAUAUAGAGGGACUUUUAUCGUUCUACACCUGCUGUGACACGGGAUCUCUGGUUUUCCCGUUUCAUUCUAACCCCCCCUCCCUCUCUCUCUCCAUUCAAUUGCCUCUUACGACCGUGACACACAAUUAAGGGGAUUGGAAAGGGGGGAUUCUAACUUGGAUCUUCACGUUUCACAGGUGUAUAAAAUAAAUCUAUAUAUAUCAAAUUUUAAAGUGUGAGUGGGGGGGGGGUGUUAGGUUUAGAUAGAACAUUUUUAUGAAUCAUCCGAUCAUUUUAGAGAAAAUGUCGAAACGGCAGUAUUCUGCCGAGACAAUGGAGAAGGCGGCGGGAGAUGUAAAAUGCAAAAAACUAAAUCCAUACCAGGCUGCAAGGGAGUAUAAUGUCCCGAGGUCUACAAUAUGCGACAAAGUUAAAGAAAAAUACAAAAAAUCAAGCAAAGGACUAUCUAAAAUGUUGUCUGAGGAGGAAGAAAGUAGUCUGGUGGAAUAUAUAAAUCAUAUGAGCACCAGAGGAUUUCCGAUCACUCGGAAAAUGCUGAAGUCCUAUGUCGUCGCUAUUGUAAAGGAAAGUGGGCGUGACACACUUUUUAACCUAGAUAAAGGCCCAUCGGACAAGUGGUGUAGGAAUUUCUUUCGCAGAUACCCCCUGCUUGCUGAGAGGACUCCAGAGACACAGGAUAAGGCCCGCUCCCGCAUGUCCAAUUGGACUGUCAUGAAACAAUACUUCACCCUCCUAGAGGAUACGAUGAAGAAUUUAGAACUGAAAGACAAACCGUCGCAGAUUUUUAACUGCGACGAGACAGGAUUUAGUGGAAAGGAAAAGAGCAAGAAAAAAGUCAUUGUGAACAAGGGAACCCACGCAUAUCAGCAGAGGAAUUUGACCAAUUCCCAUAUAACGGCCCACAUAUGUGUAGCAGGAGAUGGUAGGGUCCUUCCUACAUAUCUCAUCUUUGAAGGAUCGUUACCUCAUAGAAACUUCACGGAGGGUGUACCCGCAAACUGGUUAUAUGGGUCGUCUGACAGUGGAUACAUGGACAGCGAGUUGUUCGAAUUGUGGUUUGAGAAAAUUUUCAUUCCAUUUUGCGGUAGCAGGAGGCCAGUUCUAUUAACCUUCGAUAACCACGAUUCGCACAUCUCGCUGUCUUUGUUGAAGCUGUCGAUUUCUCAUGAUAUUCAUAUCAUCGGUCUUCCUCCCCAUACCACACAUAUUCUUCAGCCUUUAGACGUGGGCAUAUUUGGUCCUUUGAAGGAGAAGUUGGCGUCUCUGGCUUCUGUGUUAGGCUACCUUAGCAGUAAUGUCCAGAUAGGGAAAGCUAAGUUCCCCGCCCUUUUAAGCACAGCCAUUGAUAGUGUAUGCUCUCCGGCACGGGUAAAGGCUGCUUUCCGAAAGGCUGGAAUGUAUCCAGUUGACAUAGGUGCUGUUGAUAAAACACAAAUACAAUCACAGACAGACGCCUCAGAGAAAAAUAAAGAAACUACUAGCUCUAAUUCGGAUUCACGCAGCAUACAGAUUUUGUGUGACAAGUGUGGGGAUUCAAUAGACGUGGACGUAUGCUCCAUUGCUUCAUUGACAAAUCCAUUAGUACGAAGUGGAUUGAUUCCUGAAAAACUUGGGGCAAUUUUGGUCCCUCCUGUGAAAAGUCAGCAACUAAAAAGAGCAAGCGCAAAACUUAUUACGGAAGCAAGAGUACUAACUGGAGAGGCUAUCAUACUUCAAAUGGAAGAAAAGGAAGAAGCUGUAAAAAAGACGGAAGAGGAUAAAGAAAACAGGAAGAUUGAGAGAAUUAAGAAAAGAGAAGAGAAAGAGAGAAUUUCGGAAGAGAAACGAUUGAUGGCUGAAAAAAAGAAGACAGAAAGGGUAGAAAAGAAAAAAGAAGCAGAGAGAGACAAGGAAAGGAAAAGGGUUAUCAGAGAAAGGAAAAGAAUGAGAAAACAAAGCAAAACUAGUGAUGUAUGCUUAGUGUGUAAUGGGAUUGAUCCGGUUGCAGAGACGGAGAGUGAUUUUGUUGAAUGGGUGCAAUGUAAUCUAUGUGAUGGAUGGGUGCACAGGAGCUGUUCAAAUAUUGGAUUGGGUGAGAAUGAGGAGUACAUGUGUGAUGAGUGUUUGUCUUUAUUUGAAGAGUAG